AUGGAUUGGUUAGCUUUCUUUCGUGCCACGAUUAAUUAUUUCAGAGGUAGAGUUACAAUUUGCACUCCAGAAGGAGAUUAUAUCUUUUUCAUGGGAGAUCGAAGUGAUUCCCAGCCUUCAUCAUUGUAUGGGGUUCGUAAACGAAUUCGUGGAGAUUAUUUCUUGGCUAGUCUUCUAGCCGAAAAAGAUGAUGUUGUGGGAGAAGACUAUCCGGAGGUAGUUCGUGAUUUUCUGGACGUGUUUCCAGAGAAUUUGGCAGAAUUGCUUCCGCACCGAGAAGUGGAGUUUACUAUUGACUUGAUGCUUGGUACCGCACUGAUUUCUAUGGCACCGUAUCGUAAGGCACCAGUUGAGUUGGAAGAGUUGAAGAAACAACUUGAUGAUUUGAGGAUGAGAGGUUUCAUCUGA